ACAGCACCCCACGUGGUGACCGGCCAUGCAUGGACGAGACAGAAGAAGUCGCGCCAUGUGAUGCGCUUUGGGUUCAGUACGAACUGUUGCUGAAACCUGUACCCACGGCUGGAUGCGUGGACCUUGGCAGGUGGCGCAAGGUUCUCAAGGAGGCCUUCUCCAUCGAAGCUGCCAUUGGCAAGGCAAGUGCCAAGCACUUGGAGCUGUCGCUACCGAACGGUGACAAGGUGACGUGUGGCCACAAGCUUUCGAAGCUAAGCCGACAAGGCCACGGCUCGCAGCGCAGCGCCCUGCGCCUCUCCGUGGCGCCGUCGGUGACGGCGCCCGUGCAACCGGUGCCGUCACCGGUGACAACGGAGGCGCGGGCGGCGCAGGAGGCGGCGGAGAAGAUGGUGGCGGAGGGCGUGCUGUGCAGCACAGGCUAUGCGGGAUACUGGUGCCACUGCUGUUCCGUCCACUGCUCCUCUUCGCGCGCCUGGAAGCAGCACGCCGCCAGCGCCGCGCACGGCAAGGCGGGCCAGGCCGUUGUGGGCGACGGCGACGGCACGGCGAAUCCUUGGGGACACGGCACGGCGCGGUGGCUGAAACAGUUUCCGCGUCGACAAGGUGGAACUUUGGAGGUUUCCUCGAAAUAUUUUGAUUUGGACGAUCGACAACAAGUCCUGUUGCGCCAAUACUUGGCGCACGCCUUCCACGACGACCCGGACCUGCUAAAGGCUUUCGAUGUGCUGCUGCAGCGCGCGGCGAAACACCUGCGGGUCAAGGAGCUCUUCGAAACCAUCGAGGUCUGGAAGAAGGUGGUGUCUCACCUUUUGAAAAGCAACGAACUUCGCAAGUCCAGCGACCUGCCUUUGGUCUCCAGGAUCUAUGACAUCGCCAGCGGCCACGGGCUCUUAGCAGUGCUUCUGGCCUAUCGCUUUCCGACCAUGAAAGUUCUGGCGCUGGAUCGAGAGAAACGCGAUGGCUUUGCACACUACGUUGAAGCGGUAAAUGACUUUGGCAAAGCUCUGCCAGGAGCAGAGACGUGUUUGGCCAACCUGUCCUUUGAAGUGGCCGAUUUCAACCGCUGGAGCUGGGAAGACGAAAACGUGGACGUUGGAAGGGCCUUGAUCUGUGUGCACGGUUGCAACGAGUUGAACCUCGCGGUGUUGCAGCGCGCAACGGAAGCGGAAGCGGUGUGGCUGGUGGUCCCUUGUUGCAUCCGAGACGGCCUGGGCCAAGUCUCCGUUCGCAGUCCAAGCCUGGAAGGAAGCGACGACACCCGACACGCCCUGCUCUGCGGCGUUGUGGCGGCGGAGUUUCGGGCCACUGCGGUGAGCUGCAUCGAUCGAUGCAUCACCAACCGACAUUUGGUGAUUCAGGGAGAUGCCCAAAAUGCGGCGAAAAGUCCAGUCGCGACUGUCGAAAAAUACUGGGACCCUUGGAAAAAUCCGUGA